AUGAUGUUUCUGAUACUUCCUCUUGUUAUAUACCUUCCCUUCAGGGAACUGACCCACCUGAGGGAGCUGUACCUCUCCCACAACCGCAUCGAGACACUCUCCUCCGGGGCCCUGCGCCACCUUAGCUCAGAGCUCCGUCUCCUGGACCUUUCACACAACCAGUUACGCCGGGCCAGCCGGGACGAGUUCAGUUCCACGCGGGCCAAGACGCGCCUCUACCACAACCCGUGGCACUGCGACUGUACCCUGCAGGAGCUGAUGGAGACGUUAAAUCUAGAGCCGGAGACGGUCAACGGGAUCGUGUGUGAGAGCUCGGUGAGGGGCGCCGGCGAGGGGAGUCGCUGGGAGGAUCCAGGGGGGGCAAGGGAGCACGCCGGUCAACCCCUGGUUAAGUUGCUCGACUCUGGGGUGAACUUCUGUAGUCUCCAGAGGAAGACCACGGAUGUGGCUAUGCUGGUGACCAUGUUCGUGUGGUUCUUCAUGGUCAUUGUUUAUGUGGUCUAUUACGUGAGACAGAACCAGGCCGAGACCAGAAGACAUCUGGAGUAUCUGAAGAGUUUGCCCAGUCCGAGGAAAACACCCACAGAGACAGACACGAUAAGCACUGGUCUCUGAACUAUUUAUUUAUUGCCUUUAUUUAAUCAGGUAAAAGUUAUUGAGAACGCAUUCUCCUUUACAAAAACAACCAAGAGAAGGUUUAAGAAAAGGCUGUAGAGACAAUUCAUGUCUCUGUAUUGGGAUGGAGCUUAUUGUACAAUUGUUAAUCGAAAAUGGAUUCUCUAUAACAACUCUGACUUGAAUUAA